AUGGCGAUGGACCACGAACACAUGCGCAAUGGUAAAACGCUCUGGCACCAGAUAUUGUCGAGCGACUGGCACGUGGGACACGAAACGCUUGGUGGAUGGGUGGGCGAAAUCAGUGUAAAAGCUACUAUCUGGGCGCAGUUAUCGAACGAUCUGACUUGGUUGCUGGUAGAACAGCUUGGGGGCCGGCAGACAUGGAACUAAUCCUGAGCUCUUGGCUUAUGUCGGCACAAGCGACGUGCGCUACACAACUUUGGUUAUUGCCGCAGCAAGUGCUGGUUAUACAGUUUGUAUAUUUUUACUUUCCAUAUUCUCUACUGCUCGUGUGUGUGCUGAUCACGAUGUAUUCUUAGAUUUUUGUGACGUCUCCCGCAACUUGCCCAAAUGCACAUCAUGCUGUACUUGAUCACCUGCAACCGGACAAUAAUUACGUCGGGCUCUAUCCCACCACCUGUCCGAAUUAUUCUGGAUGCCGUGCAACCACUAGUUCGCUUCACGGUGCCAUCAGUUUGAGAGCUUCUUACUAA